GGAAGAGCUGAAGCAUUCUAAAGCCAUGAAGAUCUGGAUCGUACUACUGUUGGUUGCCGUUGUGGCAGCAGAGCAGAAACGAGAGGCGGAACCUUCAGGCUAUGGAUACCACACCUCCCUCUACAGACCAUCCUACCAUCCUAGAGCCUAUAGUCCCUAUGGUCACGGUCUCCGUCAGCCCUACCGUGUCUCAGGUGUAGCACGUCACCCUUAUGGAGGUACUUCCUACGUUGGCCCCACCGUAUACCGGGGAAAGCGUGAGGCUGACCCAGGAUACAUUCCAUACAGUCCCUACGUUAGAACGCCAGCUCGUGUGUCCGGCUACGAGACCCACGUCCGCCAUCCGGGCUACGGAUACUCUUACCAGCGUCAGCACCAGGUACACUACCCAAGCUACUACCGUCACUACUAGGGCUAUUCUUAUGCCUUUGAUUGUUGCUGGCGAAAACGAACAUUAGAACCGAAAUGAUCUAUUAGUUGUAAGAUUCUCAAUUCUAAAUAAAUUCCUGUAGUAAU